AUGAGUUACAAAGCCAAAAAUCGGGAAGGUGAUUUCGAGAUUCAGGAGUUAUCUGAAAAUGACCAUAUCAACUGGGACCAACCACCGCCUUAUGACGCGGUUCUGCAUGGAAGCUCAGGAAAUAUCUCAGCGACGAUUACAGAUGACGGUCGGCUUGAUGUUUGUGUAAAGGCGAAAGCAGCAAGCUCAGAUAUACUUCCACCAAUACUUCCGGAUAACAGCUCCCCCGAUGCGGCAUUGAUAGCGACAUAUUCUGCCCACCCUCCGCUUAAUAUCGUCAUCCAAAUCGUUGGUAGUAGAGGCGAUGUACAGCCUUUCAUUGCGUUAGGACAAGAGCUCAAGGCUAGUGGCCACCGCAUCCGCAUAGCAACACAUGGAAAUUUUAAAGACUUCGUCGAAUCGUCGGAACUAGAAUUCUUCCCUAUCGGCGGCGAUCCCGCUGGUCUUAUGGCCUACAUGGUUAAAAAUCCAAGUAUCAUACCUAAUUUCGAUACGCUGCGAUCAGGAGACAUUGGACGCAAGCGCAAGAUGAUCUACAAAAUGCUCAACGGUUGCUGGGAAUCAUGCAUCAUGCCAGAUCCCACAACAGGCAUACCUUUCGUCGCUGACGCGAUUAUUGCGAACCCGCCAAGCUUUGCGCACAUUCACUGUGCCCAAGCGCUCAGUAUACCAUUGCAUCUUAUGUUUACUAUGCCAUGGAGUCCGACACGAGCCUUCCCACACCCCUUAGCGAACAUACAGAAUGGAGAUGCAGAUCCAAGGACGGCCAACUAUUUGUCGUAUGGGCUAGUCGACAUGAUGACUUGGCAAGGCUUAUCUGAUGUAAUCAAUUUGUGGAGGAAGAAGGCACUGAAUCUAGAGCCCGUUCCUGCUAUGGCCGGUAUGGGCCUUGCGGAGGCACUGAAAAUUCCAUUUACAUACUGCUGGUCUCCAGCGCUGAUACCGAAGCCUGUAGACUGGCCAUCAUACAUUGAUGUGUGCGGCUUUUUCUUCCGCGAGGAGACUCCAUAUACACCAGAUAGAGAGCUAGCAGAGUUCCUGAAAUCAGGCCCAAUGCCAAUUUACAUUGGCUUCGGAAGCAUUGUCAUGGAAGAUGCUGCAAAGAUGACUGAGAUAAUACUCGAGGCCACUAGAGCGUGUGGCGUAAGGGCCAUUGUCUCCAAGGGCUGGAGCAAGCUCGGAACAAAUCGCUUAGACCCGAAUGUUCUUUUUAUUGGAGACUGUCCGCAUGAAUGGCUUUUCAAGAACGUCUCAAUCGUCAUCCACCAUGGUGGAGCAGGAACUACGGCAUGUGGGCUGUUGAACGGCCGUCCAACCUCAAUCAUACCCUUCUUCGGCGAUCAACCUUUCUGGGCAGAUAUGGUAGCUGCCGCUGGCGCCGGGCCCCGGCCUAUAAACUUUAAAACUCUCGACAGUGCCAAAUUAACUGCCGCCAUUCGCAUCUGCCAAGCGCCUGAGACCGGAAGGGCAGCCGCCUUAAUCGCUGCUCGAAUGAAAGAUGAACGCGGGGUCAAAGAGGCUGCCAACUCGUUCCAUCGCAACCUACCACUUGACGCUAUGUGUUGUGAUUUAUUAGGAAGCCAAAAUGCUGUAUGGCUUUGGAGCAGGAAGGCUUACCAGGUCAAGUUGUCCGAUAGAGCUGCAUAUAUAUUACUGAAAAACAAGAAGAUCGUUGCAAAGGAUCUUACAGUGUUUAAGUCGCGGCCUUUCGAAAUUGAAAACCCUCGUUGGGGCCCUCUUACCGCUACAUCCUCUGUGCUACUGGGCACUAUUGUUGAUUUUUCAACUGCUUUAUGGAACACCGUCGCUGACCCGUAUAAAGCCUUUAACGUGGCGUCGGAUAGUAGAGCAGAUAAGGUCAGCUCUACUAGCGGGGCUAUUGGACACGGUAUGGUCGCGCUAGGGGGUAGUAUAACCAAAGCAACAUUGGUUUCCGUUCCCAUGGCUCUAGCAGAUGGAUUUCAUGCCGUUCCAACCUUAUAUGGUGAGAAGGUGCGCGACCAUGGAGCUUUGACAGAUUGGAAGAGUGGGGGUGUGAUCGCAGGAAAGAGCUUCGGAUAUGGGUUCUAUGAUGGUAUUACUGGCAUAGUCACGCAACCAAUGCAAGGAGCUAAGAAGGACGGCGCCCUUGGAUUUGCAAAAGGUCUUGCUAAGGGGACCGUGGGUCUCAUAACUAAACCUGGAGCUGCAAUGUUUGGUUUGAUGGCCUACCCGGCCAUGGGCCUGUACAAGAGCAUCAAUGAUAUGGGGCUUUCAACGGCUCAAAAACGGGUCUUGGAAGGGAGGCAAAUGUUGAGCGCGUAUAUGAAUGAAAAGGCGCCCCUGCAGGAGGCUGAGAUUGGAAGUGUGCUUGAACAGUUUGAGCUCAAGAAAAGAAAUAGAUGA